AUGCAGACAUACAAAAGCACUUUGGGCCUUGUGAAGAGAAUUGAUCUCUCAAGCAAUAGAUUAACAGGGGAGAUUCCAUGUGAAAUCACUCAUCUUGUUGGGUUGGUUUCUUUAAACCUUUCAAGAAACCGGUUAACAGGUCAAAUAACUCCAGAGAUUGGAAACUUGCAGUCAUUGGAUUCGCUUGAUUUAUCAAGAAACCAUAUAGAUGGAGGAAUUCCGACAAGCCUUGCUCAGAUAGAUCGUCUUAGUUUCUUGGACUUGUCAUAUAACAACUUGUCUGGCAAAAUACCAACAGGCACUCAGCUCCAAGGCUUUGAUCCCUCUGUUUAUGUUGGAAAUCCUCAACUCUGUGGACCUCCGCUUAAAAAGAUGUGUGCCGAUCAAAAUGAGAAAACUGACUUGAGCAAUCAAGAGGAUAAGGAUGAGCUUAUAACACUAGGAUUUUACAUCAGUAUGGGGCUUGGCUUUGCUGCUGGAUUUUGGGGAGUUUGUGGCACUUUGAUAUUCAACAGGUCAUGGAGAUACGCAUACUUGAAGUUCUUGAAUGGUUUAAAUGAUUGGCUUUAUGUGAGGAUAGCUUUGAUCAAGCGGCAACUGAAGUUAGCAUAUGCUUAA